AUGGACCUAGACAAGGGGCUAGUGGGAUGGGACGACGAGAAUGACCUGACGAAUCCUUUAAAUUGGAGUUGGGGCAGAAGAUGGCGCCUAAUGGGCCUCGUAGCCGUCAUGUCGACACUGAGCCCAAUGUCCUCCUCCAUCUGCGCCCCCGGCACCUCUCUCACUCUCAAAGAAUUCAAUGUAACCUCUAACACCAUCGGAUCCCUCAUGAUUUCCAUCUUCGUACUCGGCUACGCCAUCGGCCCCCUCUUCCUCGCUCCCCUGUCUGAGAUGUACGGCCGUGUCAUCGUCGUGAAUAUCUCCAGUACCUUCUUUACCGCCUUCAUGCUCGGCUGCAGCUUUGCACCUAACAUGCCGAGUUUGAUUAUCAUGAGAUUGCUAGCGGGAAUUGGUGGGUCGGCAGUCAUGACGAUUGUGCCGGCGGUUGUGGGGGAUUGCUUUCCGUACCAUAAGAGAGCGAUGGCGAGUGCGAUUGUGAUUGGGACGCCGACUUUGGCGCCGAUUGUUGGACCUAUUGCAGGAGGGUUUAUCUCGGAGCAAUUGGGCUGGCGAUGGGCAUACUGGAUCUUGGUCAUGGCCAGUGGUCCGUUCAAUCUGCUCAUGGUUUUCUUCAUGGACGAGUCCAAUCACGCGACGAUCUUGCAACGGAAGACGGACCGGCUAAGAAAAGAGCUUGGAAGAGAUGACCUGCAUUCGCAACUCGAGAUCAGGAUGACCAGUCGGGAAUUGCUGGCGAAGAGUAUAGUUCGACCGAUGAAGUUCCUCACCAGAUCCCCAAUCGUCUUUCUCAUCAGCUUUUACGUUGCAGUCUGUUACGGGACUCUAUAUCUACUCUUCACCACCAUUCCCAUAGUCUUCGAAGAAAAAUACGGCUGGUCCAUCCAAAUGACCGGGCUAGCCUACUUAGGACUCGGCGUCGGCAUGUUUAUCAAUAUCGCCACAAUAAUGCGCACAAACGACCGCACCGUCCUCCGCCUCCGCGCCGCCAACAACGGCAUCUUCGAGCCCGAAAUGCGCCUCUCCUCCGUAACUUACUACGCCAUCUUCAUGCCCAUCGGGCUCUUCAUCUACGGUUGGUGCGCCGAAUACCGAACGCACUGGAUACUACCCUGUCUCGCCUUCAUCCCCUUCGGUUUCGGACUGCUCGGUAUCUUCCUACCGUGUCAGACGUACAUGGUUGAUGCGUUCUUGACCACGUCGGCGAGCGCGGUGGCGGCGCUGGUGUGCUUUCGGAGUGCCUUUGGGGCUUUUUUGCCGCUGGCGGGGCCGCCGCUGUAUGAUAAGUUGGGGCUGGGGUGGGGGAAUAGUGUGCUGGGGUUUUUGACGCUGGUGAUGACGCCGAUUCCGUGGGUGUUUUUUAGGUAUGGGGGGAGAGUGAGGAGGAGGUGGCCUGUGGAGCUUUGA